AUGUCCGGCACCUUCUUCCUAUGGAGCAGCAGAAUCGCCGACGCUUCUGGUGCCUUCCGUCGGAGCACUGCCCGCGCGGUGAUUGAGCCGGACGUGUGCAGUGGAGCCAAAGCAACGCUCCUUCCGCCUCGCGGCUUUCACCUCUCCGGUCCCUGGCGCCCAAAGUGUCGUUCGCUGCCGCACCCCGACGCCGACGCCGGCGCGGACGGCGCGGGCGCGGACGCGGGCGGCGGCCGGAACUGGUGCUGGGAAUAUGUGCGGCACCAGUGCUACGGGUCUCAUGGCUACGGGAGCUGGUGGGAAGACCAGCUGAAGGCCUCGCGCUUCGGGCUGGCGCCGGACCCGCGGCUCUUGCGCCUCUUCCCCUUGGAAAGGCCCGAGCUCUGCGAGCAACGGCUCGAAACCUGGGAGGAGAAGGGGGCGGACGAAGAUUUGGCCUGGCUGCGAGAGGAGGUGGCGGUGUAUGUGGUGAACCUGCGGACGGCAACGGACCGCUGGAAGGCAAUUAGCGAACGCCUGACGCAGCUGAAAAUCCCCUUCCAACGCCUCGAAGGCGUCGAGGCCGAUGAGUGGCCGGGACCUCGCGAUGGCAUCGGCCGCGGGACGGCGGGGGUGGCGCUGGCGCAUCUGAAAGCGUUGGAGCAGGCGGCGCGGGGCGCCGCGCCGCUGGCGCUCAUCUUGGAGGACGACGCCUGGCUGGCGGAGGGCUUCGCGUCGAAGCUGCGGCAGCUGACGCGGGAAGCGCCCUGCCAGUGGCAGGUGAUCUCUUUGAAGUCGCGGUGUCCAUUUGGCUCCUGCGUCUCGAAGCAUCUGUCGCAGGUUGUGCCAGAUGGCAAUGGUGGCAAAUGCAGCGGCCUCAACUUUGGCUUCCUUGCGAUGCUCUACCAGGUGCGAAGCCUGGAGGAGGUGCGGGCGGCGCUGAAACGAGCGGUUUGGCACGAGAAGUGCUACGACGUGGACGUGGCUUUGGCGAGCAUCUCGGAUCAGGUGGCGUAUUAUGCGGUGCCCUCCAUCCAGCGAGGUUUGGUCAAGGAGAUGGGCUUCGAGUCGUUGCGCGACGCGCGGAACAAAGAGUCCGGCACCGCGUGA